CGUACUUUGCGUGCGUGUUUGCGUGCAGCGGAGGUGGCGGCGCGGGCAGGUCGGAGCUGCGCGCUGCCGCUUGUGGUGCUUAGGUGGACGCUGGUCGCUGUCCGGCAGUCUUGGGCUGCAGAGCGGACAAGGCUUCGGCCCGAGCGCCUCAGAGUCUCGCGCAGCUCGGCACGGAGCCUGGCGGGAGGGUGGGCAAGCGCGUGUCCGAGGGCGCCGCGCGGGCAGGCGGGCGGACGCCGGGGAGGGAGAGAGGCGGGGGCGGCGGGUCAUCCGCUGGCCUGGCCGGCCGGGGGAUGUCGAUGCCUGACGCGAUGCCGCUGCCCGGGGUCGAGGAGGAGCUGAAACAGCCCAAGGAGAUCGAGGACGCCGAGAAGUACUCCUUCAUGGCCACCGUCACCAAGGCGCCAAAGAAGCAAAUCCAGUUUGCUGAUGACAUGCAGGAGUUCACAAAGUUCCCUACCAAGACUGGCCGAAGAUCUUUGUCACGUUCCAUCUCGCAGUCUUCUACUGACAGCUACAGUUCAGCUGCGUCCUACACAGAUAGCUCUGAUGAUGAGGUUUCCCCCCGAGAGAAGCAGCAAACCAACUCCAAGGGCAGCAGCAAUUUUUGUGUGAAGAACAUCAAGCAAGCAGAAUUCGGACGACGGGAGAUUGAGAUUGCAGAGCAAGACAUGUCUGCUCUGAUUUCACUCAGGAAACGUGCUCAGGGGGAGAAGCCCUUGGCUGGUGCUAAAAUAGUGGGCUGUACACACAUCACAGCCCAGACAGCGGUGUUGAUUGAGACACUGUGUGCCCUGGGGGCUCAAUGCCGCUGGUCUGCUUGCAACAUCUACUCAACUCAGAAUGAAGUGGCUGCAGCACUGGCUGAGGCUGGAGUUGCAGUGUUCGCGUGGAAGGGGGAGUCGGAAGAUGAUUUCUGGUGGUGCAUUGACCGCUGUGUGAACAUGGAUGGGUGGCAGGCCAACAUGAUCCUGGAUGAUGGGGGAGACUUAACCCACUGGGUUUAUAAGAAGUAUCCAAACGUGUUUAAGAAGAUCCGAGGCAUUGUGGAAGAGAGCGUGACUGGUGUUCACAGGCUAUAUCAACUCUCCAAAGCUGGGAAGCUCUGUGUUCCGGCAAUGAAUGUCAACGACUCUGUUACCAAACAGAAGUUUGAUAACUUGUACUGCUGCCGAGAAUCCAUUUUGGAUGGCCUGAAGAGGACCACAGAUGUGAUGUUUGGUGGGAAACAAGUGGUGGUGUGUGGCUAUGGUGAGGUAGGGAAGGGCUGCUGUGCUGCUCUCAAGGCCCUUGGAGCAAUUGUCUACAUCACAGAAAUUGAUCCCAUCUGUGCUCUCCAGGCCUGCAUGGAUGGGUUCAGAGUGGUAAAACUAAACGAAGUCAUCCGGCAAGUUGAUGUUGUCAUAACUUGCACAGGAAAUAAAAAUGUAGUGACGCGGGAGCACUUGGACCGCAUGAAAAACAGUUGCAUCGUAUGCAAUAUGGGCCACUCCAACACAGAAAUUGAUGUGACCAGCCUCCGUACCCCAGAGCUGACGUGGGAGCGAGUACGUUCUCAGGUGGACCAUGUCAUCUGGCCAGACGGCAAGCGUGUCGUCCUCCUGGCGGAGGGUCGUCUGCUCAAUUUGAGCUGCUCCACAGUUCCCACCUUUGUUCUGUCCAUCACAGCUACGACACAGGCUUUGGCACUGAUAGAACUGUAUAAUGCACCUGAAGGACGAUACAAACAGGAUGUAUACUUGCUUCCCAAGAAAAUGGAUGAAUAUGUUGCCAGCUUGCAUCUGCCAUCAUUUGAUGCCCACUUGACAGAGCUAACAGAUGACCAAGCAAAAUACCUGGGACUCAACAAAAACGGGCCAUUCAAACCUAAUUAUUAUAGAUACUAAUGGACCAUAUUACCAACGAUCAGUCCAUGUGAACCACAUGACUCUAAAAGACGUAUUUUUAAAGAUAACUUUUAUUUUCUUUUUAUUUCUUUCCUCUUGAUUUUUUUUUCUAUAAUUUCAUUCUCAUUUUCUCAUCACAUUAUUUGAGUUCUGCAGACCGCACAGGAACUUGCUUCAUGGCUCUUUAGAUGAAACUGAGGUUUAAGGUUCCUCACCCUAAUCACUAAAGAAGGAUUUCACUGUCCAGGCCCAGAAAGGUGAUUCAUUCUUUACCAUUUCUGGAGAUUUUAGUCUUAAUUUUGUACCUUAUUAACAGGAUAUGCUAAGGUACCUUCUAGGUGAACAAUCUGCAGUGUCUAAAUUGCCUUAAAGGAGCCCAUUUCUUAGCUGCUAAAAUCAGUGCUCUUUCACUUCUUCAGAGGAGCAGGGAUGGCACCUACCAACGAGGUAGGUGAAGUGUAGCUGGUGCAUGUUAAUUUCCCUUAGGAAUUCCAAGCCCUGUUUCCUGUGUAAAGGUGGUAUGUCUGGUUCAGAGACGUGUACUAGUGAGUGUUGCUUGUUAAGAUCCAGUAGACCCACUUGGAUUUAUAGUCCAACCCUUCCUCCACUCCCACCACUCUCUCACUUUUCUAGUUUUUAACUAGAGUGCAUUCUAUCAAGUUGAGUUUUGUACCCUAGCAUUUAUUUCUGUUGUAUUUUUUAAAAACUUAAGAAAAAUUUUUAGUGUUAACACUGAGGAACUGCUUGAGUGGCUAGUUGUUACCAAUUUCUCGUUUGAACCUUUGGAGCUAAGAGCGCAGCUUGAGUCUAGAGAAAUCCUAGUCUCAAACUCUGAAUGAAUCCGUGUGUUUCUAGUCCUUAGUUUGUAGCAUCAACAAACUGGAGCCAUAAGCAAAUUCUCUCAGCUCUGCCCCAUACAGCUUAUGCUGAAGGCAAAUUUCUUGAGCCAUUACUCCAUAUAAAACACUGAGCUCUAUCUAGGUUUUAUCCUUUAAAAGCAAAGUUCUGAUCAGCUGUGCUUCCGCACCCUAAAAUAUUUAGAGGGAGGUAGGUGUGGAUGGGAGGAAGAACCAUAAACUGGGCCCUGGUGAAAUAAAUCUAACUCCAUAGAACUUGCCUGGGACUGUAGGCCCUGCAUAGCGUGAUUUUUACAGAAGUGGUACCUCUUUAGAUUGAUACAUACCACCAAAAAAGUUUAUUAACUAAGAUCUUAAAGGGCAGUUUGUGUGUAGAGAAAGGAGUCAGUACAUCUUGACUCAUACUCCAAAAGAAUCCCCAGAGAGGCGCUCUCAAAGAUCAGAGAGAUGUAGUCCCAUGCCAUGCACCCUGCUUAUAGCAUUUCUGCAUGGGCAGAUGAGCUUUAUGCUCGUGAGCUUUAAGUGUAUAAUUAUCCAGGAUUCCAAAUCCUCAACUUGUUCUAGCUUGUGAUCCUUCAAAUCUGGAUCAUGCAUUAGUGCUAGAUUCUAGACAUUUUCACUUCUCUUUCCACUGAUCAGAGAAACAGACAUUAAAAGCAGAAAUACAAGAAAGGAGAGCUUUUACCCUGCAGCUUUCCAGCAGGGGACAACUAUCUUGCCAAAACUUUUUUCGCCCUUUUCUCUGUUUCUCCCCACCCGGUCUCUACUCCUCGCCAGUAUGACCGUGCUUUCUUCUCUGUAGAUGCUAACAAUUGAAGCCCUUUUUCCUAAGGCACUUAACCAGCCAAUCAGAACACCACAUCUGUUAGGGGAGAUAACCUGGCCAACAGUGUAUCUAUGGGGCACCUCUGCCGGAAAAAGGGGCCCACGUCCUGCUGCCCUCUGGUCGGCCCUCUGGUCCUGUAUCUGUUAGUGUGUCCAUAGGAAUCAUAGGUAAGGGCUCCGUCUCUGUCAAGCCAUGUAACAAAGGACACCAGAAAACGUCUGGCAUCAGAGGGAGUAUGUGGAGAGCAACUUGGGAGGAAAAAGUUCAUUUUGUAUUAAAUGAUUUUUAAUGAAUGCAAUAUUAAUCCUUGCAGAUGAGCAAUAAUCAUUAAAGUCAAUUAAAAAGAUAAGGCCA